AUGCACUCGCCCAAGAAACGGCCUCCACACUCAGUCGACGACACGCUCUCCCCGUCUUGCCCAUGCAAAGUUGAGCAGACAAUUCAUCUCGCGGAGACAUCCUGCGAGGAUAUGUACAUAUCGAUGAGUUCAUCACAACUGGCCCGCGAGAAACUCGGCCGUCAGGUUGCGCGGAUCUCAACGUUGAGUGUGGAGCAGUUCGUGAAUAGUGCCCUCGAGGCUCGGGCGCGGGCGUCUAGCGCCCUGGUACCGUUUUGUGCAACGCCAGGAGCCUCUGCACGAAUACGGUCCUUUGGACCGCUCCGGCAAAUGUUGGGACAAGAGCGAUCUCGGCGCGUUCCUCGCGUCCAGAUGGAGGGACUGGAGAUCUUGCAUAAACAUAUCUUAUUAUAG